UUUCUAUUUAUGUAAAUUUGUUGCUUUUUAGUAAAUCUUUUUUAGUUGCAGCGGUGUCAAAAUUUGAGUGUGUUUUGUGUUUUGUGUUUGGUGUUUUGAGUGUUUGAGAUUCAAGUUGUUGCUGAUAUCUGACUGAAUUAUAGCAGACAUGAAGGGCCCCAAGCCACUAAUAGUUGUUAUUAAACUAGGAACAAGUUCCAUUGUCGACGAGAAGACUCAUGAGCCAUUACUCUCAAUCCUAAGUCUUAUUGUUGAGACUGCUGUGAGGUUACGGAAAGAUGGACACAAAGUUAUAAUUGUGUCGUCUGGCGCCAUUGGCGUCGGUCUUCGACGUAUGGAUGUCGACAAGAGACCGAAACACUUAUCCAAGUUACAGGCACUUGCAGCUAUUGGCCAAUGCCGCUUAAUAAGUCUAUGGGAUAAUCUCUUUGGACACCUCCGUCAACCCAUCUCUCAGAUUCUUCUUACAAGAAGUGAUAUCGCAGACCGGACAAGAUAUUUAAAUGCCCGGAAUACUAUCAUGGAGCUCCUCGAGAUGGGCGUCAUUCCGAUCGUAAAUGAGAACGACACAUUAGCAGUUGCCGAGAUCAAGUUUGGCGACAAUGACACACUUUCAGCCAUCACAGCGGCUAUGGUGCAUGCCAACUUUCUAUUCCUCAUGACGGAUGUUGACUGCUUAUACGACAAGAACCCCAGAGCGCAUCCCGACGCCCAACCGAUAGAGGAAGUUGAAGAUAUCGGAGCAAUCCGCGCAGACGUCUCUAGCGCUGGAUCGUCUUUAGGGACUGGUGGCAUGGGUACCAAGAUCGUUGCCGCUAGGCUCGCAACGUCAGCUGGUGUCACUACAGUCAUCACUCGAUCCUCCUCGCCAGGAAACAUCGUCAAGAUAGUUCGAUACCUCCUAGCCACUAAGAAGUGUACUUUAUCACCACACAGCCGCUCAGGAAGUGAGACCGAGGAUUCCCUAUCCCAUUCCACAGCCUCGCUAGCCCUCGACACGUUAGAGAAGCCACCAUUACAUACGCGCUUCCUGCCCCUCUCCCACCCGAUCAGAGACCGCUACUUCUGGAUUCUCCACGGCCUGGCCCCGCACGGUACUAUUUAUAUCGAUGUCGGCGCGCAUCACGCCAUCUCAGACAAAGCCGGGCUCCUCCCGGUAGGCGUCCUUGACAUUGAGGGCAGCUUCGCGCAGCAGGAAGCCGUGCGCCUAGUCGUUGUGGAGCGGAGAUCCGAGCCAGGGCCAGACGGCAAGCUCUGGGAAGGCCCCGGAGUCGAAGUCGGGCGCGCGCUGGUCAACUACGGAGCCCCUGAGAUCCUCCGCAUCAAGGGGCACCGCAGUACGCAGAUAGAAGGUCUGCUGGGCUAUGCUGAUAGCGAGUACGUGGCACACCGGGAGAACAUUAGUUUGCUCCGCAGGGAAAGUAGACCGGUCACGCCUGUUCUAGAUGCAGUGGCCGAGAAUGGUGGGGUGGCUGCUUCUGAGAACGAGGUUAGCUUAUAGACUUUCAUUCUCCCUGUUCAAUAAUUCCACAUAGAGUAACGGCGUCCAAAAUGAGAAGUCAUAUUUAUAUGGUCCGG